GGGCCGCCGUCCCUUCCGGGGAGCGGUGCCCGGCGCCGCGUCUGCCGGGCGGCUCGCCUCCCCGCCCCCCGCCGCUCUGGGUGACGCUUCUCCCAGCACAGCUCGCGGGCAGCCGCAGCGCAGCCACCGCCGGCGCCCCUCCGCGCCGGCCCAGCCCGCGCGGCCCGCCCGCCUCGCCGCCACCAUGAGGGCCGAGGGCGACGGCGGCCUGGAGCGCUUCUGCAGCCCGGGGAAGGGCCGGGGGCUGCGCGCUCUGCGGCGCUUCCAGGUGGGGGACCUGCUCUUCUCCUGCCCGGCCUACGCCUAUGUGCUCACGGUCAACGAGCGGGGCAACCACUGCGAGUACUGCUUCGCCAGGAAAGAAGGAUUGUCCAAAUGUGGAAGAUGCAAGCAGGCAUUUUACUGCAAUGUGGAGUGUCAGAAAGAAGAUUGGCCCAUGCAUAAGCUGGAAUGUUCUCCCAUGGUUGUUUUUGGGGAAAACUGGAAUCCCUCAGAGACUGUAAGGCUAACAGCAAGGAUUCUUGCCAAACAGAAAAUCCACCCAGAGAGAACACCUUCAGAGAAACUCUUAGCCGUGAAGGAGUUUGAAUCACAUCUGGAUAAAUUAGACAAUGAGAAGAAGGAUCUGAUUCAGGGUGACAUUGCUGCUCUCCACCACUUCUACUCCAAGCACCUGGAAUUCCCAGACGCCGAUAGCCUGGUUGUGCUGUUCGCACAGGUUAACUGUAAUGGCUUCACAAUUGAGGAUGAAGAACUUUCUCAUUUGGGGUCCGCAAUAUUUCCUGAUGUUGCACUGAUGAAUCACAGUUGUUGCCCCAAUGUCAUUGUGACCUACAAGGGGACCCUGGCAGAAGUAAGAGCUGUACAGGAAAUUCACCCGGGAGAGGAGGUUUUUACCAGCUACAUCGACCUCCUGUACCCAACAGAGGAUAGGAAUGACCGGUUACGAGAUUCCUACUUCUUUACCUGUGAGUGCCAGGAGUGCACCACCAAAGACAAGGAUAAGGCUAAGGUGGAAAUCCGGAAGCUCAGCGACCCUCCAAAGGCAGAGGCCAUCCAUGACAUGGUCAGAUACGCACGCAAUGUGAUCGAGGAGUUCCGCAGGGCCAAGCACUACAAAUCCCCUAGUGAGCUGCUGGAGAUCUGCGAGCUCAGCCAGGAGAAGAUGAGCUCUGUGUUUGAAGACAGCAACGUGUACAUGCUGCACAUGAUGUACCAGGCCAUGGGCGUCUGCUUGUACAUGCAAGACUGGGAAGGAGCCCUGAAAUACGGGCAGAAAAUCAUUAAGCCUUACAGCAAACACUACCCUUCGUACUCGCUCAACGUGGCCUCCAUGUGGUUGAAGCUGGGAAGACUUUACAUGGGUCUGGAGAACAAAGCUGCCGGAGAGAAAGCGCUGGGAAAGGAUUCACAAAUUUAUGAAACCCGAUUGCAGUGAAUCGAGGCAGUUGGAUAUGGAGCGUACCUCUAUAUCAGAAUCAUGCAUUUCCAGUUAUCAAAUGCACUUAACCACCAUCGUCACCAUAUAUUGAGUACCAGUUACAUGCCAUGACCCUCGUGUGUGUGUGUGCUUUUAAUUCUCACAGAAAUGAGAGAAAGUUUUCUGAUGAAAUAACAGAUUCAGGCAGACGAGGUAACCAGCCUAGGGCAGGAGCCGGGUCAGGCUGGGGCCUCUCUGAGCACCCGCUUUGGCCUGCCCCAAGGUCGCUGGUGGGAGAGGGGGCCGCGCCCUCACACCCGCACCUCCAUCCCGAGAGUUGAUUCUUACUGUUCUUUACAGAGAAGUGAACAGUUGAUAAAAUGUAAUCUUUGGGAUAGUCUGUUUACCGAGGGGGAAGUUUGUACAAGCUGGGGCCACAGACGAGGUCUGGACGCCUAAUCCCCCAGAUUCUCCAGAUCUUCCAACAAACUGUUUGGGAUGAUGGAGUUAGGUUCCCGCAUCCCAAAUGGAAGGGUCAGGCCCCAGCCAGGCUACGAGUGCACAAAGCAUAAAAUGUCCCAUUUUUAAGGCACGGAAUUUGUCUUCUAAGAUAACAUCCUUAUUGUCUUGGUGAGUUGAGGAAAAAUUAACCAGUUGGGUCACAGUUUCCCAGGGCUGGUAAUUGAGUACUAGGUCACGAAGGAUGCGGCUCUGAGCAAGGACCAUGAGGUGUGGACUGAAUGCGGACGGCAAGGGGAGGCGUUUAAAACGGGGGACUCCUGAAGACUUGCUCUCUUACCUGGCCUGCCUCCUCCUGCUUUGAGAUCUGAAUAGGCUGGUGUAACUGACAGAGUCACAGGCCAUCCAAAAUCCUGUUCAGGGGUGUGGGAGUCAUUUAAGUUUUUCUUUCUGUGAGUAACACAAUUGAACACAAAAGAGCGAAAUAAAUUCUUACAGAUUACAUUCAGCAUAUACUUCCUAUAUGUCAGGCACUGUUCUAAACACUCCAAGUGUAUUAACCCCUCGGAGAGGUGGGUAUCAUUCCACUUUUACAGAGGAGAAAAUGGGGCCCAGAGUAAACUGCUCAAGGUUACACAGCUAGGAAAUGAGGGGAGCCACAGAAAACUCUCCCAUUUUACAUUGUCUUGCUAUAAAGAAACCUUAUUAAAUACGUUCGUUCUCGCUUCCUGAAAUGAAACCUGCACCUAUUUUUACAUGUUUUUAAAGAAUACAUAUGUAUUCAAAGGAAAGCCCUUUUGAAAGGGAAAAGGCAGUUUAGCCAUGUCUUCCAGAUUAGUAAACUAGGUUUGAUAUCAAGUCACUAUGAACUUUUCCAUUCCAGGAUUACCUGUUUACUUGGUUGAGCAUAGCCAAAUAAUUCUGUCCUGAAAGUGUCCUUUACUGAAGUAUCUAGAACACUGGGGCAAAAGAAUGUCACAGAAUCAGUUUCUCCUUAUCUUCUCCUCUGCAAUGGCAGAAUGGUUUACUCAGCAGUAGACUGGUUGACUAGUUCCUUAG